GUCGUCCACGGAGCUCCUGAGGCUCCGGCGGCUGGGUCUGAGGGAGGCACGGGUCCGGGGAUGGCGGGGACCCCGUCCGGCGGUGCUGCUCAGUUCUCUUGCCCCCCCAACUUUACCGCGACGUCCCCAACCUCAGAGCCCACCCGUUUCUCUUUGGAAGUGUUAACAGACCCAGAUACGGAACUGUGGCUUAUCCAGGCCCCUGUAGACUUCGCCCCAGACUGCCUCAACGGGCGGCUAGUGCCUCUCUCUGGCUCCCAGAUUGUGAAGGGCAAGUUGGCAGGCAAGCGGCACCGCUACCGGGUCCUCAGAAGCAGCGGUCCCCAGGCUGGAGGAGCAAUCCUGCUGGCUCCCUCCGUGGCGGCAGGGGGGGGACUCACCUGUGCCCCAGCCCCCCAGGGCAGCCUGAGGAUCUUUGAGGGUUCCCAGGAAUCCCCACCAGGGACCCUGCUGCAGCCUAUUCCAACGAGCCCCCCGCCACAGAUCCCCCCUGACCUGAGACCCCGGUUCUGUGCCUUUGGAGGCGGCCUACCAGUAACAGGGCCUGGGUCAGCCUUGGCACUGAAGUCACCCGCCUCAAAAAAGAGGAAAAAGAAGAGGCAAAUACCAGAGGCCCCAGCUCCCCAGGAGGCAGUGAAUGGGCUGGGGGCCCUGGCGGUGGACACAGCUUUGGGGUCCCCCGAUGUGGCGAAGAAGAAGAAGAAGAAAAAGCAGGAGCCGCCAGAACUAGAGGUGAUGGAGCUGGUGACAGCCGAACCUGCGGCCAAGAUGCCGGAGCCUCCGGAAGCGCUGUUCCCAUCAUCCACCACCAGGAAGAGGAAGAGGCUGAAGGGGACAGAAGAGAGGGAGCCUGGGGAAAGGAUGCCGAUUGAGUCUCAGCCGCAGUUGAAGGAGGAGCCACGGGAGGAAGCCGUCCCACUGCCAUCUUCGAAGAAGAAGAAGAAGAAGAAAGACAAGGGGCACAAAGUCAUGAUGGAGCCGGGGACUGAUGAGGCUCUAGAGCUGGAGAGGAGGCCUCUGGAACUCCCAGGGGAGAUGAUAGAGCCUGAACCACCACAAGAAGUUGAGCUUCAGGCUGAGGCAGCUCCAACACCCGCCAAAAAGAGGAGGAAGAAAGAAAAACAGCAAGACGUGACAGUGGAGCCAGGGGCAGAGGCGGUGGAGCCUGAGUUGCCAGGUGACCUUGAGGGUCAGGCGGCUCUAGCAUCCACCAAGAAGAAGAAGAAAGAACGGGGGCUCAGAGCAACUGAGCCGAGGACUGAGGUUACGGACCCACAGGGUGAGCCGAUGGAGCCUGAGCUUCCGGAAGAGCGUGAACCUGAGGCAGGGGCAGAUCCAGCAUCUGCUAAGAAGAAGAAGAAACGGGGCCGGGAAAGCGGGGUGCCAGAGGUAGCACCCCGGGAGGAGAUGCCAGAGCUGCCGCGGGGUCCAGAGCCUGGGGAGGUGGCUUCCACAGGCCGGGAGAAGAAGUUGAAGAGGCUGCAGCCGGAUCCUGUGUAGCCUCCCCCAGGGAAACUGACGACUGUGGUCAAGAAAAGCUGGAGGGGCGCCUGGGUGGCUCAGUCGGUUGAGACUCUUGAUUUCGGCUCAGGUCACGAUCUCGCGUUUCAUGAGAUCGAGCGCCGCAUCAGGCUGUGCACCGACAGUGUGGAGCCUGCUUGGGGUUCUCUGUCUCCUCUCCCUCAAAAUAAAUACACUUUAAAACAAAAAAAAAGAAAGAAAGAGAAAGGAAAAGAAAGGGGAAGAAAAGAAAAAAGCCGGAGGUGACCGCCUGGGCCAGCAGAGAGCGAGAACAGAGAACCCCUUCCCGAUGACGGCGCCGCCACACCAGAAGCAGCCCGAGCCUGGAAAAUGCUUUAUUGUUACAACGAGGGCCUCUCUGGCGGCUGGGGUCAUCGGGGCACUUUCAAGAAGGGCUCGUGUAGGACAUCAAACAGCCUCCGGGCCUGUGUGAGAGCAAGAAAGAAACAAGGAACUGGUCAUUAAAUGAGCCAUCUGCUUGCUA